CGGAACUAGGCACACCAUUCUCGUUGUCUGGCGAAGUGUUUACGGAAGAUAAAUAGUUGACUCUUGGGGCUGGAAAAUUUUCCAUCAAACCAUCAGUGAAAAAAUACCGUUAAGUUUAAAGUUUCUUUUCUUGAUUAGGAUUGAACCAUUGAUGACAACUUAUCUGCAACAGUGAUUCAUGGAUAACUUCGAUUAAGUGAACAAAAUCAAGGAUAAAAUGAAAGAAACCCCCUCAGAAAAGUUUUCUGAGGACUCCGCCACCCGGAUACCAAACUGGAACCCUCAAAAACUUGGAUUAAGCACAAAAUGGUUCCUCAUACUAGUUGGAGUAGUUUCGCUAUCAAUUUUAAAUCAAACUGAGGCAGGUUUUGCCUGUUUAAGCAACCCCUGCAUCUACGGAGUUUGUAUCGAUGAUCUCAAUAGUACCUACUCUUGCUACUGUAUCGAUGGUUACACCGGAAUUUACUGCCAAACAAACUGGGACGAAUGUUGGUCGGACCCGUGCCUCAACGGGGGCAGCUGCAUAGAUGGAAUCGCGUCGUAUAAUUGCACUUGCCUGGAUGGAUUCGUGGGUCUCAACUGUGAGGAAAACUUCAACGAGUGCCUUUCGAACCCAUGCCAAAACGGGGGCAGCUGCCAUGAUCAGGACAAUGCGUUCGUGUGCCAUUGUGCUCCGGGAUAUGUGGGCGAAUUCUGUGAAGAAGAUGUGGCCGUCUGUGAGACCGGAGAUCGCUGUCUCAAUGGUGGCCAGUGUCUCGAGGGGCCCGGACUGGACUUUAAUUGCCUCUGCACCGAAGGCUACACGGGGAAGCUGUGCGAUCAGGAAACGAACGAGUGCGAAUCAUCGCCCUGCCAGAAUGGGGGAAUUUGUGUGGAUAAAUUUAACAGUUAUAUUUGUGCUUGUGGGAUGGGAUUUGCGGGGACGAACUGUGAGGAAGAAAUAAUGCUCUGCGAGAAUUCGCCGUGUGCCAAUCAAGCGUUGUGCUUGAUGGAGGAAAACGAACCCACCUGUUAUUGUGUUCCUGAUUUCCAUGGAGAAAGGUGUGAAUUUCAGUACGACGAGUGCCAGUUGGGUCCAUUUCCAAAGUGCAUCAACGGGGGAACUUGUGUGGAUGGGGUAGAUGAAUAUUUCUGCACAUGUCCACCAGAUCUAACCGGGACCAACUGUGAAUGUCUAAUAAUGGAAGAUGACAUCAUGGAUUGUAACUACACUGCUCCGGAGAUUACAACUUUGGAAUUCGUUUCUACGACGGAAUUAUUCGAGACGACUUACACUACCGCACUCGUAACGGGCGAUGAAGAUUCGUCCAGCGUUGGCUAUUCAGGGCCAUCGUUGUCCACAUUUCAACCUUCUUUGGCCAAUACUUCAAAAGGUUAUCCUGACGAUUCUUCAUUUGGACCCGUUACAAUAGACACUAAUACGGAAGAAAUCGGAGGUAAGCACAGUUCAGAGCAGCCCACAACUAGUUCAUCGGGCGAAUUUAGUUCGUCAUUCGAAGGACGUUCAACUGGUGGCAUUGAGACACGCACCGAGCCUGGAGUGACUCCGGUUGGAGGUUUUGUAACUGAUCAGGGAGGUAUGGGUUCAACGAUUCGCUACCCGGACGAUGGCGACCUGCUGAGUACAACGGGAAAAACAUUCGUCACUAUCAUACCGGGUACUGGAGUAACGAAGGAUAGAGGAACGUUUACGGAUUCCACGGAUUCGAAUGGUUUUACGCCAUCGGACACUAGCAAACUUACCAGUUACCCAGCCGACGGAGUAACUGUACCACAAAUUGAUACCACGCUAACACCAUUCUUCACGGAAACACCUCAAAACGUUACGGCCGUAGGUUCUCCAGUAGAUCGUGCUACAACCACAUACCCAUGGAUACCUUCCUCGUCAGACACAACACAAUCAUUCUCAGCUGGUGGCUCAAUAACGACCAUCACGCCCACCAUAGUUACACGUCCUCCGGAUGUCGUUAUCACAGAGUGCAACGAUACGGUUUGUGCCAAUGGAGGAACCUGUUCGAUGGUUCCGAACGGUAUCAAGUGUCAUUGUGAUUUCCGGUAUGCCGGCACCUAUUGUGACAUUCCGGUGAGCAUCCAAAAUGCCGCCUUCUCGAAGGAAUCUUUCCUACGGCACAUGAUCUAUCGACGGAACGAUAGCGAACAAUCCAACUGGACCAUGCGUCAGGCGUUGCAGAUGAGUGUUCGCUUUAAAGCCAAGAUCACAUCCCGGGAAGGUUUGAUCAUGCUCGCAGCCGCCGAAGGGAACGAGGGUACCCACUAUGUGGCACUUUUUAUGCACAGAGGACUGCUGCAGUUUCAGUUCUCCUGCGGUCUGCAGACCAUGCUGCUCAGCGAAAUCGAAGGCACGGUGAACAAUGGCUAUGAACUCAACGUGAAAGUACAGUUGAAUUUCAAUGACCGAAAUACACAUUGCAACGCAUCGCUGCAUGUCAACGAUACGCUAGCGAUGAGCGGAGAGCAACCAACGUGGCUGCUCAACCAGGACCCAUUCAGCGGCAGCGAUCACACGACGGCCAUACCGAUCAAGCACAGCUGGCUCCAUCUGGGUGGACGCCCGAUGAAAACGAUGUAUUCGCUGAGUCACAACAUCUCCCGGUACCAAGGGUUCACCGGAUGCAUCUACGAUUUGCAGAUAAACCAGCACUCGGUAGCCGUAUUCGACAAUGCCGAAGAUGCCUUCAAAAUCUACGAAUGUACAUCGCUGGCGUGUUUGUCGAGUCCGUGUAAGAAUGGAGCCAUCUGUAUCGAGGACGAAAGUUUCAGCUUGGAACGUCGCUACCUACCGAAUGGCGCUGAAGCUAGCUGGAGUUGCAAGUGUGCCUUUGGGUUCAUGGGUAAAACCUGUGAACGAUCGAUCUGCGAUAAUAAUCCGUGUAAAUUUGGAGGAACUUGUGUAACGUUUCCCGAGAGUGGCUACUUGUGUUUGUGUCCGUAUGGGAAACAUGGACAUUUCUGUGAGCACGAUUUGGACAUUUUGCAGCCGUCGUUUUUCGGCAGCAUCAAGGGAUUGUCGUCUUAUGUGGCCUACCCGGUAUCGUUCCCACUGGAGGAUCGGUUCGAAUUCAGUUUCAAAAUCAUUCCGACGACUACUUCGCAAAUUUCGUUGCUGGCUUUUCUUGGUCAACUGGACGAUCACAACGAGAGAAGUGAUCAUUUUUCCGUCAGUUUUAUUCAAGGUUUUAUUCUUGUAACGUGGAAUCUUGGAAGUGGUCCUCGGCGUAUUUUCACACAGCAACCCAUACUGGUGCAACCGGCCAGACCCACGACGAUCAACGUCGGUAGAAGUGGACGCUUGGCAUGGCUCUCGGUGGACGGAAGAGUGAACAUCUCAGGGAACUCUCCGGGCGGAAGCAGUAAACUGAAUGUCUCACCUUUCCUCUACAUCGGAGGGCAUGAGCAUAUGAAUUUCUCCAAUCUGCCGCAUGAUCUACCGUUGCAUUCCGGGUUCCAGGGUUGCCUGUUCGAUGUGAAUAUUGUCGCGGGACCGGUACAAAUUCCUUUGCAACACAUAGGAGGGGCACGUGGUCGAAGCGUUGGCCAAUGUGGUACCAAGGAAUGUCACAGACAUGCAUGUCAGAAUAAUGGAGCCUGUUUGCAGCAUGGAUCUACUUUCACCUGUAUUUGUCAGGAGGAUUGGAACGGUAUUUUGUGCUCACAGAAGGCUAACCCGUGCGAUGAAACCAACAAAUGUGCUGUCGAAGGAAGUUGUUUUCCGUUGAUUUCCGGAUACGAAUGUGAUUGUCCGUUUGGGAAAAUUGGGAAACGCUGUGAAACCAAUUUGAAAUACUUGAGCGAUGUUUCGUUCUCUGGCCGGCGAUCAUACCUGGCACUGAAAUGGCCAGCCAUGAGUAGCGAUUACUCCUACAUAGAAAAUGAAGUACGUUAUGAGAAAAUCAUCCAGCCUUCCAAUAUCAUUUCUCAAAAUCAUUCGAUUCUGCUGAAGUCAAUUAGAGAACUGGAUAAACUGAACGAUGUUCUCAAGGUUAAUCACAACGAUACGAUCAACAGUUUGCUUUACACGCAUACUUUGACUCAAAGAUCCGAAAGCUAUCGUCAGCUCCGAAUACGUCAUUUGUCUAUCGAGCUUCAAGUGCGUCCUCUCUCCGAGAAAGGAUUGCUGAUGUUCGUUCAAACGUUCGAUUCCAAUGAACAAAAACAGGGCUUUAUUUGCCUGAGCUUACAGGGCGGGGUCAUCGAGUAUCGCGUGUCAUCCGCACAAAUGCAAACUUCGGUGGUGCGUAGCAAUCACGUGCUCGCAAUCGGCGAAUGGCACAGCAUUAAGAUAGUCAAAUACGGCAAGCGUUUGACCCUAUGGGUAGAAAACAAAAGCUCAUCGAUGCAGGGGUCUGUACGGGAAGAGUUCAUCAGUCCAAAUGCCAAAGUAUACUUCGGAGGGUUACCGGAUUUAUCACAGGUUCCGUUUGAUGCUGUUUCAGGAUUCCCGGUCCCCUUCCGGGGCUGCAUAAGGAAUGUUAACCUGAAUGGAACACGUAUCACGCUCAACGAAUCCAGUAUUAUGGAAGCAAGGAACAUUAACGAUUGUGAUGGAACUCCCUGUGGAGGGGAUCUUUGCAGUAAAGGAGGGCUUUGCUGGCUAGACGAAUAUUCGCAACCACAUUGCAAGUGUCCGGAGUUCUCCAAAGGAGUGAACUGUGAAAUUCAAGAAUCUUGUGAAAUUAUUAAAUGCAGAAACAACGGCCAAUGUCUCAAGAGUGGACGUUGCAGUUGCGGAAUCGGUUGGACAGGUUACUACUGCGAGAUAGCGACAACAAAAUUCUCAUCUCUCGGGUUCAAUGAUCGAAGCUACAUUCUGAUACCUUCCCAGAAGAUGAAACUGAAGGACAAACGCAACGGAGAGAGUAAUAGUUUGGGUCCACGGCUGGAACUGGACAUAUCUCUGAAUGUUUCCACUCUUGGCGAUGGAGUGAUCUUCUGGACUGCCGAUCGAUAUUCGAGAUAUUUCGGUGUCGGCAUCCAAAAUGGAUUCGUCACGGUGACCAGCAACAUUGUGCAAGAAAUCGAAAAUUCGACCGUGGUAUCGAAUCCCUGGAAAACUUUCAUAUCCGACGGAGACUGGCACAACUUGAGAAUCGAAACAAGCCCUAGCGGGAGCAUACAAGUUUUUCUCGACGGUCAACCACUUUUCGCCGAACUCAAGUUUAUCACCAAUAGUAAAGAAUUUGAUCAUUCAACUGAUUUUGCCGACGAAGAAGCGACGUUUAUAGGUGGAUUCCCGGACGGUAAUGUGAGAAAUCGAACCUAUGGCCAGUUUUGUCAUUCCUUCAGCGGAUGCAUACAGAGCAUAUAUGUCGGCGGAAGUAUGGAAGAACUGGAUCUAUCCAUGUACGAGGGAGCCAACAUUGACGAAUGUACAAUUUAAGCUGCCUAACUAACUAACUAACGUCAAGUCGCUCAACUCGCCUUACCUAAGUACAUAUAAAAGUUGACAGUGUAGAACUUUUUUUUUAACUACGAGUAUCUAGAACAAAUAACUUACGCGGUACCAUAAUAAUGUAUGUAAUCUUGAAACUUCUAGGUUUAUGCAAAUUUUCUCAGUUAAGACUAAACAUAACGUGUAAGGAAGGGCAGGUGCAAAUUAUUGAAUAUAUUUAACUAAGAC